CCCCCGCGCAUCUCCUCCUUCGCCCCUCUUUCCCCGUUCGAGCCCUCGAAUCCUCCUCCUCCUCCUCCUCCUCCUCCUCCUCCUCAUCUCCUCCCAAGGCCGCCGACGAUGGUGGGGGCGGCGACGACGCCUCCGAGAAUGGCGAUGGCGCCGUCCCCUCGGCUCCGCGAUCCGACAAGGAGGCCGCGUUCCCCGCGGGGGAGUUCGAGAUGGACGAGGUCGGGUGGUGGAGGAGCUUCUUGGUCAAGCUCCGGAUGCUCGUCGCGCCGCCGUGGGAGCGCGUCAAGAAGGGUAGCGUGCUCUCCAUGAAGCUCCGGGGCCAGAUAUCUGACCAACUAGAAAACCGUUUUACUGCUGGUCUAUCCCUACCUCAAAUAUGUGAAAAUUUUGUCAAGGCGGCAUAUGAUCCUCGUAUAUCUGGUAUAUAUCUUCACAUUGAACCUCUUAGGUGCGGAUGGGGCAAAGUCGAUGAAAUACGAAGGCAUAUUUUCAAUUUCAAGAAAUCAGGCAAAUUCAUUGUAAGCUAUAUCCCUAUUUGUGGGGAGAAAGAGUACUACCUUGCAUGCGCUUGUGGAGAAGUGUACGCCCCUCCCAGUGCAUAUGUUUCACUUUUUGGGUUGACAGUUCAAGCCUCCUUUCUCAGGGGGACUCUUGAGAAAAUUGGUGUUGAACCAUAUAUCCAGCGUAUUGGAAAAUACAAAAGUGCUGGGGACCUAUUCUCACGUAAAAACAUGUCAAACGAAGUUAGCGAGAUGCUAAAUUCAUUGCUUGAUGAUAUAUAUGGAAAUUGGCUGGACACAAUUUCAAGUGCCCAAGGGAAGACAAGAGAAGAAAUUGAAGAAUUUAUUAACUCUGGAGUUUAUCAAAUUGAGAGACUUAGAGAAGAAGGUUGGAUAACAAAAAUAUCAUAUGAUGAUGAGAUAAUAUCAAUGCUGAAGGAGAGAUUGGGACAAAAGAAUAAGAAAAAUCUACCCAUGGUUGAUUACAGGAAGUACUCUAGAGUAAGAAAAUGGACUCUUGGGUUGGAAGGCGGCGGAGACCAAAUUGCGAUAAUUAGAGCAACUGGUAGCAUCCGUCGUGCUCGCGGCACAUUGAAUGUUCCUAGCUCAGGGAUUGUUGCUGAGGAAAUAAUUGAGAAGAUACGCAAAGUUAGAGAGUCAAAGAAGUAUAAGGCUGUUGUCUUGCGAAUUGACAGCCCUGGUGGUGACGCGCUUGGUUCUGAUCUAAUGUGGAGGGAAAUCCGGCUUCUUGCUGCGACUAAACCCGUAAUUGCAUCUAUGUCUGAUAUUGCUGCAAGUGGAGGAUAUUACAUGUCUAUGGCUGCUGGUGUAAUUGUUGCUGAGAAGCUUACUCUAACCGGCUCAAUUGGAGUUGUUACAGGAAAGUUUAGUUUACAUAAGCUGUAUGAAAGGAUUGGCUUCAACAAGGAGGUACUAUCAAGAGGUCGAUAUGCUGAAAUUAAUGCGGCUGAAAAUCGCCCUUUAAGACCAGAUGAAGAAGAACUAUUUGCGAAGUUCGCACAAAAUAUUUACAGGCAAUUCCGAGAUAAAGCUGCCUUUUCACGUUCAAUGCCUGUAGAUCAAAUGGAAAGUGUUGCUCAGGGAAGAGUAUGGAGCGGCAAAGAAGCAGCUCCCCGGGGACUAGUCGAUGCUAUUGGUGGACUAUCACGAGCCAUUGCUAUUGCGAAACAAAAGGCAAACAUCCCACAAGAUAGACAGGUAAGGUUAGUCGAGAUAUCAAAACCAUCUCCGUCAUUACCUGGGCUCCUGAUUGGUGUUGGGAGUUCUUUGCUUGGAGUAGACAGAGCAGUGAAAGAAGUUCUGCAGGAUUUAGCACCAUCAAGUGGUGUUCAGGCAAGAAUGGAUGGUAUUUUGUUUGAAAGACUUGAAGGUGCAUCAGAUGAUGAUCAGAUCUUAACGUUAUUAAAGGACUACUUAAGCUCGUUGUGAUUGGAGUAUCUUUUCCAGGAAUACCAUUGCACACUGUUUGUCAGUAAGGAUAAUACUUAUUAUUUGGGAGACAAAAACAAUACAACAGCUAAUACAUCCCGAGUAAGAGGGUGGGGAAAAGAGACUGGUAAGUCAUCAUAGGAUCUUCAAAGUUGUAUUUAUUGCAUAUGUUUGUUCAUGCAGUCAUUGUAGUUGCAAAAAACAAGGAGCAAAAAAAUGCAUGUAAGUGUCAAAUUUUGAAGGGUUAUCAAAUUAUUUCUCUAUGAGUACGCACU